AUGGCGUCUUCAGACGAGAAACCCGAGAAAUAUGUCCGUGGAGUGUCCUUCGACGCAAUGACAGACAAGGAUCUUCCCAAUUAUUCAUUCACCUUGAGAGGAAAGACACCCGGCUACAAGCGCACUCGUCGCACUAGAACGUUUAUGGUCGCUACCGAUCUCGCCAACUACAGCGAAUACGCAUUAACAUGGGCAAGCGAUGAAGUUAUGGACGAUGGCGACGAGAUCAUUGUGUUGCGAGUGGUUACAGUCGAUAUGAACGACAAAAAGGGAAACAUCCAAGCCUUAUUACAGCAAGAGGAACGACAAGCUCGAGAAAACGCAUCUAUUGUUAUGGAAAGGAUCAUGGCAAAUAGUGGCCCAGAUAAAAAGAUCAGUGUCAUUAUCGAGUUUGUUAUCGGGAAGGUGCAGGAAACGAUUCAGCAUAUGAUUUCCAUGUAUCAGCCAUCAUUGCUUAUUGUCGGCACUCGUGGUCUUUCUGAAUUCAAGGGGAUGUUGUUGGGAAGCGUAUCCAAAUAUUGUCUACAACAUUCGCCCGUCCCUGUUACAGUUGUUCGGCCUGAUGACAAGAUCAAAAAGUACAAGGUCAAGAAGAAUAGGCUGAGUGGGUUGAUGCGACUCGGGAGUGGAUCAGGAUCUCGAGGCUCCACAAGUGAAUCAUCAAGCGAUGAGGAUAGCACCAUACAGCCCGUAGAGAAGAAGAUGAAUCGAUUGUCAUUUAUGGGACGACGCUCUCGCUCUCCAUCACCCUCUCCACGCAGAUCCAAGUAG